AAAUACACAGGAAACAUGGCUGAGAGCCCGCGAUGGGAAGUUUGUCUGGAUAGUUCAGCCAGCGUCUUCUGGAAAGGGAUGGGCAGGCGGUACGUGGACAAGACUUUCUCCCAGGCAGCCAAACUAUAUAUGGAAGGGAUGAUUGAGAAUCUGAAGUCUGAGUUUCAGAAGAUGAUUGAAGAAAACACUUGGAUGAGCCAGGACACCAAAAAGGAAGCUUAUUUAAAGCUAGCGGCUAUAAAUAAGAAGAUCGGAUACCCCGACACAGAUUUCACGGAGGAUGACAUUGACAAAUUUUAUGAAAACUACACGAUGAGUGAGGACCAUUACUACAACAACCGGGUACUCAACAACAAGCUGUCUAACCUUGAAAGUAUUUUGUCCCUGAGGAAACCUGUGGACAAGAAAGAGUGGUCGAUGGCACCGUACGAGGUCAAUGCCUAUUAUUCACGGAGCGUGAACGAGAUAGCUUUCCCAGCCGGCAUCUUGCAGUCGCCAUUUUUCUCCCAGACAUUCCAAGACUCCAUGAACUACGGCGCUAUCGGUGUUGUCAUUGGUCACGAGAUUACCCAUGGAUUUGAUGAUCAAGGAAGCCAAUAUGACGCAAAAGGCAACCUUCGCAACUGGUGGCAGGCCACAGACCGCGAGAACUUUGUCAAGAGAACCCAGUGUAUCGUGAAUCAGAACGCCAACUUCCGUGUUGAUGAAAUCAACAUGACGCUGAACGGAAUCAACACUCAAGGAGAAAGUGUGGCAGAUAAUGGAGGAGUCAAGGAAAGCUUUAG